GGUUUGGGGCGGGGAAGCAGCUCAGGGCCUGAGAUCCUGCUCUUGGGCGUCAGAAAAGGAGACAGCUCAUUUUGGGAAGUCUCAGGGGCUGGCUAAGCUGAGUACUCUUGUGUCCAGGAGCAAUCUCCUCCAGAGAGCUGGUUGGAAACUGGGACUUCUGGACUUGAGAUCUCUCUGCCUCCUGCAAGGCAGCUCUGUAGGUGCAGGUCCCAGCCUGCCGAGGACCAAGGCCUGGCCCAAGCAGGGAGCCUGAAGCCAGAGGGAAUGGCCCCUGAGAGCUGCAGACCCCCACCCCAGGAGCUGGUGACCUUCAAGGAUGUGGCUGUGGACUUCAGCCCAGAGGAGUGGGGUCUGUUGGACCCAGAUCAGAAAGAGCUGCACAAGGAGGUCAUGCUGGAGAAUGCUGAGAACUUGCUCUCCCUGGGACUUCCAGUUCCCAGAGAAGAUUUCAUCUCCCAUGUGGAAAGAGGAGGCCUGAGGAACUCCUGUUCUGAUGCAGACACGUGGUUUGAUAUGAAGGAGAUGAGUGCAAAUCUGAAAAUGAUCUCAUGGAAAGACUUUUUUCAAUAUCGUGAAUACAGGGUUGUUCUUGCUAAGCAGAAAAGAAUCCUUACUGGAAAGGAACAUUGUGAGUGGAAUACACACAAAAAAACUCUAAGAAAGAGUUCCAGUGUUGCUAAAGAUAAAAAUAUACAUCCUAAAAAGAAAACACCUGAGUGUCAUGAAUGUGAUAAAGCUUGUCUUGUACUCUCUUCUCUUGCCAAGCAUCAGAGAAUCCAUGCUGGAGAGAAACCUUAUGAAUGUAAGAAACAUGGAAAGACUCUGAGAGAGCGAUCUACUCCUGUUAAACAAGAGAGAAUUCACACAGAAAAACAAUCUUAUAUAUGUAAUCAAUGUGGAAAGGAUUUCCAGUGUUAUUCCAACUUGGCUCAACAUCAGAGAAUCCACACUGGAGAGAAGCCUUAUGAAUGUAAUGAAUGUGGAAAGGCUUUCACAAAGCUCUCUUCCCUUGAUGCACAUCAGAGAAUCCACACUGGAGAGAAGCCUUAUGAAUGUAACGAAUGUGGAAAGACUUUCACCUAUCAUUCCAGUCUUGCUGUCCAUCAGAGAAUCCACACUGGAGAAAAACCUUAUGAAUGUAAUCAGUGUGGAAAGAGUUUCAGAUGCAAUUCUAAACUUGCUGUCCAUCACAGAAUCCACACUGGAGAGAAGCUUUAUAAAUGUAAUGAAUGUGGAAAGGCUUUCACAGAUUGCUCCAGUCUUGCUGUCCAUCAGAGAAUUCACACUGGAGAAAAACCUUAUGAAUGUAAUCAGUGUGGAAAGAGUUUCAGAUGCAAUUCUAAACUUGCUGUCCAUCACAGAAUCCACACUGGAGAGAAGCUUUAUAAAUGUAAUGAAUGUGGAAAGGCUUUCACAUAUCGCUCCAGUCUUGCUGAUCAUCAGAGAAUCCAUACUGGAGAGAAGCCUUAUGAAUGUAAUGACUGUGGAAAGGCCUUCAUAUAUCAUUCCCGUCUUGCUGUCCAUCAGAGAAUCCACACUGGAGAGAAGCCUUAUGAAUGUAAGCAAUGUAGAAAGGCUUUCAUAUAUCGCUCCUACCUUGAAGUACAUCAGAGAAUCCAUACUGGAGAGAAGCCUUAUGAAUGUAAUGAAUGUGGAAAGGCUUUCAUAGAUCGCUCCUCCCUUGAUGUACAUCAGAGAAUCCACACUGGAGAGAAGCCUUAUGAAUGUAAUGAAUGUGGAAAGGCUUUCACACAGCGCAGCAGUCUUACUUCUCAUCAGAGAAUUCACACUGGAGAGAAGCCUUAUGAAUGUAAUGACUGUGGAAAAGCUUUCACACAACGCAGCAAUCUUACUUCCCAUCAGAGAAUUCACACUGGAGAGAAGCCUUAUGAAUGUAAUGACUGUGGAAAAACUUUCACAUGGCGCAGCCAUCUUACUUCCCAUCAGAGAAUCCACACUGGAGAUCAGCCUUAUGAAGGUAAUGACUUUGGAAAGAUUUUCUCACAGUGCAAAAAUCUUGGUAAGCAUGAGAAAAUCCACAUUGGACAUAAUUCUCAUGAAUAUGCAAACCUUCAGGCAAAGCUCAAAUCUUGCUUAACAAUAGAGAAUGCACCUUAGAGAAAAACUUUUGAGUAUCUGGAUCAUGGUACAGGUUUUAAUAGAUAUUUGUUCCUGACUAGACAUGGAAGAUCCCAGAUCCCAUACUAGAUGUAAAGCCUCAUUCAUAUAAUCCACGUGGAAAAACAUCAGGCUUACUUCAUCCCUGAAUUGCCUCCAGAAAAUUCCUAGAAGAUUGAAAUCAUGGAAAAAAGGCAUAAAAAUGGAGGAUAGACCUUGUUAAUCAGCAUGGAUUUUCUGCUUGGAACAAAUCUCCUAUGGACUUGGAACAGGAAGGUCUUUAGCCCAGGUUCAAUUCUGAGUUUACAUGUGAGGAUACUGAGUGGAGAGAAGACUUACAAAUGUGUAGAAAGAAUACUUGCCCUUACCUACAAGAUUUGGGUCACUAGAAAUCACAAUAUUCACACUAGAAAGAAACAUUAUACAAAACGUGUUUGCAGAAAGGCUGGAUCUCAUCCUUUGUGUAGAAAUCUUGCUGCAUAUGAAACAUGUGAAUAUAAUGAAUGAGGGAGGGCCUCUUCCUACAACACAGAUCUCAUUAGAUAUUGCAAUUUUAUACUUUGUAUAAAGGUCGGAAAAAAGAUUGGAGUUUUUCUCUGAAAUCCCAAGAUUGGUGUCCAAAGAAGGGUUUCCAUUUUCACCUUGUCUUGCUGAAUUGUAUCAGGUGGGUUCAUGGGGAAGUGAGGCCUUUUCAGAAAGCUGACCCUCAGAGGAGUGCCAUAGUUUAAGGCAGAAAUUCCAGAAAUUCUCUCCCACUUGUGCCCUUCCUUAGUCUUACACGAACCACUUUGCCACAUCAGCAAGUUUUGUAAUGUAUAGUUACUAUUCUUAAGUGGAAUGGGUUCUUAUGACAUAUUGUGAUCCCUGAUAGAAAAUCCAGGAUAUCUGGAGUCCACUGUGUGGUAAAAUUGCUCAGUCCAGAAUGUAAAAAAUCCUGCUCCAUCUCCUAUAUUUUGCCUCCCUUUGCUAGACUGCACUAAUUGAGGUGAUACCCCAUUCCUGCAGAAAUAGAAUCAACCGCUUUCUGUUCUGACUAUGAGAAACGUCUAUUUGAAGUAUUUUGGUUGGUCAUUGUCUCACAUGGUAUGAGCUCCCAAAAAAAGGCCUUAAGUAAAGCACAGCUCAGGAAUUCCUGAUAACCUUCAGGUAUUUUCAGGUUGAAAAGCAUUUCUAUCAAUUAAAGUGGACUCAUGGUUUUCCCUUUUACACUGAUUUUGCUCUCCCAACAGGAUUCACAAAGCAAUGUGUGUUAAAAACAAAUUAAAUAGGUUUUUUAAAACAGAAAAAAAACUAUCAAUUUAACAGAGUGCUGGAGGCAAUUCUGGAAAAUCGAGCUCAGUCUCAAGUUUCACAGGGGUAAUGUUGCUUGCAAACGGCCAAAAAUCUAUGCUGAACAAAAUUAGGGACUGGGUAUUACUGUAGUCAGGUUCAUUAUGAGGACUUUUCCUCCCAUGAUCAGCCCUAUAGUACUUCAGGAUUUGUGAGUCAUUGCUAAUCAGCACAAAAGGGCUAACCAUUGGGAAACAGGAAGCUCAGAAAGCAGAGCUAAGCAGCAGCCAAGGUCUAGGUGUCCUUGAGGGCUUAAAUGCUGCCAAGAUCGAAUUGAGCAAAUAAAAAGUGACAAAGGUACUCACCAGCAGGAGGAUCAUUGGGGUGGUUCUAGUAUCUGGGGAGAAAUCUGUCAGAGUAAAGCUGUUGGACGCUCUUGUGUUUGUACAAGAGGUAAAGCUUGUAGCCAUUGGUAAAGCUGAUGAAGGUCAUACACACAGCAUCAGGCAGGGAGAACACAACUGCAUAAAGCGGGACACUAAUAGGAGUCACAGUAAUUGAUCAUAACCUGCAUUCUUUUGUUUCUGAGAUGUUUCUAGUGCUCUUGGUCCUUUAAGUUUUUCAAGUAUAAUAAUAUUUUGCAGCAUGGGGAAAAUUCAGCAGAGGAAAAUAGAAGGGAUUAUGUAUUUUAGGAUUCUAGUUUUAAGUUUUGUGAAUCUAGGGUUCUGGGGAAAGAUGAUGAUGGCCUGCUGUGGUGGUUUUCCUGGAGGCAGCCUUAGUCUCAGUUGAAAUAAAUAAUUACUCCAAAAUCGCAGCCA